AGUAUUGGGUCAUUGGUUUACAAAUAAGUUUUUCUUUUCUUUGUUAUUUUAUUUAUCAAUGACUAGGUAUCAAGUUUUACCAAGUUAAACAAUGUCAGUUUUUAAUCAGCUAUAUAAAUGAGGUCUUGCUCCACAACAUUAUGGGUACUACGCUGUCUUAACAGGAAUAAAGACAAGAUGCUUAAACCAAAACACACUUUGCAGACCUCUUACAAUGAAAGAUAUUUGGAAGCUGCCACCACAGGAAAUGAGAAGGAAUUUAUGUCACUUCUGUCAGGUUCUGCAGACGUUGAUGUAAAGAAUGAGAGAGGAUGGACAGCGUUGAUGCUGGCUGCCCGAAAUGGACAGACUCCGCUUAUUAAAGCACUGCUUGAGAAGGGCCAAGACCCCCAUGAUAUUUCUGGGAAGUGGAAACAUGGGACACUACUUAUGCUGUACGUGACGGGAGCUGAGGCAUACAGAUUUGCUGAUGUUACUCCUGGUGUGAACCACCCUGCGGUGGCCCUACUACUGGCAGAGACCGACGCCGGGAUAUUUGCCGAAGCGCGGUCAGUUCUGACCUGUCACAAUAGGUACUCGUUCUGUGCGACCUGUGGAAGUUCGACCUCCGUUCGGGAAAGCCGGCCUCUGAUUAGAGAAGACUGUCGCAGCGGGAAAGGUAUCCACAACACUUGUUACCCACGGAUUGACCCGUCUCUCAUCAUGCUUGUUGUGUCGAAAGAUGGCAAGAGGUGUCUGCUGGGAAAAAAAAACAGUUUUCCGCCCAAAAUGUAUUCAUGUCUGGCUGGAUUCAUGGAACCAGGAGAGAGUAUUGAGGACACUUGUCGUCGUGAGGUGGAGGAGGAGAGUGGGGUCAAGGUCGGACGAGUGGAGUACCAUUCCAGUCAACCGUGGCCGUUCCCAGCUGUUCUCAUGCUGGGCUGCAUGGCUCAUGCCAAGACUGACGACAUCAAGCUGGAUGAGAAAGAGCUUGAAGACGCACGGUGGUUUUCUCGACCGGAAGUGGCUCAGAUGCUCGCACAUCAGCAUCCUGGCGGUUUGUUUGUUCCGCCGUCCCAAGCCAUCGCACACCACCUGAUAAAACACUGGGUCAGCAGAAUGGCCCACUUGUAGCACCAAAGAGUCGACAGCGAACAUGGACAUAAAUUGAGUCAACAGUAAAAUACAAUCACUGAUCUUAGACGAGGUAUUUUACAAAUUGUCAUAGUCAUAAUGAGGUUGUGGCCAAAUUGUCAUGAGUUUGUGGCCAAAUUGUCAUAAUGAGUUUGUGGCCAAAUUGUCAUGAUGAGGUUGUGGCAAAAUUGUCAUGAGGUUUCAACAAAAUUGUCAUGGUGAGGUAGCAAAAUUGUCAUGAGGUUGUGGCAAAAUUGUCAUGAUGAGGUGGUAAAAUUGUCAUGAUGAGGUUGUGGCAAAAUUGUCAUUAUGAGCUUUCAUCAAAAUUGUCAUAAUGAGAAUGUAGCAAAAUUGUCAGACUGGUGUUGAAAUCGAAAAUCUACAUCAGAUUCUGUUAAGUCUUAUCAGUAGGUAGAAUAAUCGGUCAGCUUAGAUUAGUUAAUAAAUAAUUUAACAUUGUCAUAAUGACAUUGUAAAUCAUAAAAUAUUAGCGAUCUUAAUAUUUAGCUAAAUUCAAAUAAGCAACAUAUAAUCUAUUUUGAUGUUAUGCAGUUUACAGACAACUUAAAUCUAGUAGAAUUUCCAAUGAUGAGCAUGUUAACUAACUUAUUCUGUUUGCUAUCCUUUUGGUUUCAUUGAUAGCAUAUAAUCAUUGUUGUGUGCUCAAUUAAUCACCGACAAAAUAGUUGCAUAAAAGCUUUUUUUAACAAUAUUUCGUUCGACUCUUUAAAUUUAGCAUCGUAAAAUAUUAGCGUCUUGUAUUGCCUCGCUAAAUAUGCUAAACUUUUAUGCGAGCUAAUAUUUCCUGAUUUACAGUAUCAGCUAAAUUGUGAUAAAUGUGAGUUGCACAGGGGACAUUUGGUUCAGUAUCAUAUUGCGAUUUGCUGCGCAGGUUUCAGAGAUCACUACACAGUGUAGUAGUGUUGUGUUAAAUGAGGUGUAGCAGUGUUGUGUUAAAUGAGGUGUAGCAGUGUUGUGUUAAAUGAGGUAGACAUUGAAAAUCUAUGGCAUGUGUCAAUUCCAGUCAACAACUGUAUGUGAGCAGUGAGCUUAAAUGAGUUACAUAAAAUUGUGACAAUGAUGUAUUCAAGUUAACUAAAUAUUGUGAUAAUAUGGUUCUAGCAUUUGUAAUGGUGAUGACAGGUGUCAAGUCACCGUCAGCAGUGUAUACAGAAUUUUUUUUAUUACUAUUAACUGUUUCACCACUAAGUUUUACAGUCUUGACCUUCCCUGCACACUGAGUUUAAAUAGCAGAUUUAUGAUCAUGUUUGUUAAAGGAUAAAACUACUUGUUUUAUCAUUAAUUUUAGUUAUAGGCUAUACAUUUUCAGAAAGGUGAAUGGACGGCUGUCUAGAUAAAAAAAUAAUACUUUAAAAAUGUUAGAUUCAACAGGUAUAAAUCUGGUAAUUACAGGUAAACUAUGCAUAUUACUCACCUAUUUGAGUAGGUAGGACUGGUAAUUUAAAAAAAACCCAGUACAAAUGUUUUUCUUGUUGGAUAAUUAAUUAAUUAACAUUCCAGUUAUAAUUUUAAAAAUAUAUUUACAAUGCUUUUGCAAAAUUAAGCUUUCAUUUCAUCAACAGAAAUAUCAUACCACACACCUUUGUUGUUAGCAGGAUCUGUAUCACGCUUUUUUUUUGGCAUUCAUGUUGGUAAAUUACACAAUUUUUCCAUACACUGUAUUGGAAUAAAAUAGCGAAAAGUACUCUAUGGCGUUUGUGUUGACGUCAAACACUUUUACGGGCCCCGGAUUUUUAGUAAACGUUGAUCUGCAGGUAACCGAAUAUGGCUCAUGUGUCCAGGUAAACU